GGUGACACUGAGCUCUACCUGUUGUGUUCUGUCAUUUUGUUCGUUGUUUUUUAAAACUAAAUGAGGAGUCCUUGGCGCUUUUGAACAUUUUGCAUUCGAUUAAGGUUUAUUUCAGAAAAUAGCUGCCUUGAAGGUAAAUUGUUAACUUAAAAUCAGACCAGGACACAACCUGCUAAUGACACACCGAGGACGUACAGUAAAGAAAGGCGAAAGAACAUUUUCUCUGUUGCAACAUUUUAUGUCAUCUCAAGAUUUGGCUCAGCUGAAAAACACAGGAUUUUAAGAAGGAAUAAAUAGGAUAAAUUGGUGAGUCUUUCUAAAAAGAACAGUAGAAGAAAUGGCUGAGAAGAUUUCUCUGUUUGAACGUUACCUGAGCUGCAAUGUUUGUUCAGAGACGUUCAGAGAUCCUGUGUCUCUGAGCUGCAACCACAGCUUCUGUUCAAGCUGCCUGUCACAAUUCUGGGAACAAGCUGGAAACAAGAACUGUCCCAUCUGUAAAAGAAGAUCUUCAAAGGAUCCGCUAGCAUUGAACUUUACUCUGAAGGAUCUGGCUGAUUCAUUUGCUGGGAGACAGAAAACUGGAUUAUCUGAGACAGAACAGAAAGAAAAUGAGCAAACGGUGGUUUGUAGUAAACACCAAGAAGAACCUAAACUGUUUUGUAAGGAUGAAAACAGAACUGUGUGUCCUGUCUGUGACUUUUCUCUGCACCACAGUCACCAGGUGGUUCCUGUAGAACAAGCAGCCAGUGACCUGAAGGAGCAGCUGAAAUCUGACUUAAAGUCUCUACAGGACAAGAGGAACAAAUACAAACAAGUGGAGCAAAGCUACAAUGAAAUGAUCCAACACUCCAAGAAGCAGCUGUCGUCCACAGAGAAGCAGAUCAGAGCAGAGUUCAAGCAGCUCCACCACUUCCUGGAAGAGGAAGAGGAGUCCAGACUGGCAGCUCUGAGGGAGGAAGAGGAGCAGAAGGGGAAGACUAUGAGCAGAGAGAUGAAGAGGAUUGAGGAGCACAUCUCCUCUCUGUCAGACAGUAUCUGUGCUGUUGAAGAAGAGCUGCACAAAGACCACGUGCCGUUCCUCAGCAGUUAUAAAGCCACUCAGACCAGAGCCAGAGCCCAGAGCUCAGUGUCAGAUCCACAGCUGCUCUCAGGAGCAUUGAUAGAUGUGGCCAAACACCUGGGCAAUCUGUCCUUCAGAGUCUGGGACAAGAUGAAGGACAAGGUCCACUUCAGGCCCGUCAUUCUGGACCCAAAUACUGCAAAUGGACGACUCCAUCUGUCUAAUGAUCUGACCAGUGUGAGACGUGGAGACACAGUCAAGCAGCUCCCUGAUAAUCCAGAGAGAAACAUUAAUUAUCCCACUGUUCUGGGCUCUGAGGGCUUCAGCUCAGGGAAACACAGCUGGGAGGUGGAGGUGGGAGAUCAUCCUGUCUGGGUUGUGGGUUUGGCUAAAGAAUCAGUUGAGAGGCAGGAAGAACGACUGCUCUCACCAAGUUAUGGAAUCUGGUGUUUACUGAAUCACAAUGGAAAAUAUGGUGCUAAUGGGGCUGAUGACAUUGUUAGAGUCACAAAGAGACUCCAGAGGAUCAGAGUCCAGCUGGACUAUAACAGGGGGGAGGUGUCCUUCUAUGACCAUGAAGACAUGACUCACAUCUACACUCACAAAGACACUUUCACUGAGAAACUCUACCCAUUUAUUAGUACUGGAAAAGCUGCUGAUGCCAAAACCACUGAAAUCAAAAUUUGUCCAAUUCCGGUUCAUCUGUGAUGUUAAGCAAUGUAACAAACUGUUUCUAUCUUAUUAUAGAAAAUUUAUGAUCAGUCUUUCAAUCAAUCAUGUUUUUGGUGAUUUUUUAUUAAUGGUCUGUGGGAGAUUAUUGUUAAAUGACAAUUAACAUUUGUCAGAUUUUUCUGUUCUGAUUUCAACCCACAUUAGGGAUGUGGGUUAUACACUGUUUGAGGCUUAGUAUAAUAUGAUCUCAUCGUCAGUCUUAUUUAGUAUUUUGUAUUAAACACAAUUACAAGUCAAACAGUGGAUAGUAAAACAUAUGUACAAUUGUGUUUUAUUGAGUUGUUGUCUCUUUCUGUGGCUGUGUACUUGAAUUAAGUCACAGUGGAAGUGUCAUAAACAGUCAUCUCCAACAGCUUGAAUAACAACAACAACAACAUAACACAGAUGCUUUACAUUCACAUGUAAAUGUGAUUUGUAAUAUGGUUUUGUCAUUUUUAUUUUUUUAAUACAAUUUUCUGAUUAUGUUGCCCUCUUUUAUUCAACACCUGCUGUUGUUGCUUAAUGAAUGUGUUGUCUUUCAUAUGUUUAUAUGGAAUCUGUUGUUACUGAAAAUAGAUACACUCUCUGCAGCAGGAUUUCAAUCCUUAAAUGCAACAUGUCAUUCAUUGUGUUAGUGUUUUACUAGACAUAUGUUCAGUAACAUGAUAAAGAUGAGACAUAGACCAGCAACUUCCUGAUGAUCCAGAAAGAAAUAUUAAUUAUUCCACUGUUCUGGGCUCUGAGGGCUUCAGUUUGGGGGAAACACAGCUGGGAGGUGGAGGUGGGAGUUUGGCUAAAGAAUCAGUUAGGAGGAAGGGAGAGCUUCUUGCUUCACCCAAAUAUGGAAUCUGGUGUUUUUAUCAUUGUGAUGGUAAAUACACUGAUUGGAAAAGCUGCUGAUGUCAAAACCACUGAGAUAAAAAUAUCUCCUUAUUUAAUUUCUGUGAUUUUCAUGGAUGCAAGUUGUAAACCUAAUGAACUCACCUAGAUUCACAUAGAAAAGAAGCAGGCUUAUUUGCACAUCUAAGAAGGUUUGUCUGAGUUUAUACAGUAAAUCCAUGACAGUCUUGUAAUCACUUUUAUU